AUGGAUGAAGGGAAAAUAGUGUUAAUAGGAAAUGAAUCAGAUGUACUGCACUGUGGGUACUCCUACCCUAUUAUGGAAGGAGAUAAACGUUACCCCAGUGCUACUCAUUAUACUCACACUAUGAUUUUGUCACAACUCGGUUUAAAAGAAGAGAUUGUUGCUGACCUUUUGAGUGAGAAAAGUGAGGAUGUUCCUAGCAAGGCCCAUCAACUUUUGCUGGAUAAUAUGCCAUUUGGGCACGACAUGAAUUCUUUGGCGAGUUAUCUUGUAGGGAGUAGACAAUCCUAUAUGUUAAUAGCCAUGAGAAGGCGUAUGGAACAAGAUCCAGAAUUUGAAAAAGCUUUAAUUGACACGAGGGACGCCCUUCUCAUUGUAUGUGAUAAAGGUGAUAAAGAAUUAGGAAUAGGUUUUGACGAGUCUGGCUUUGUGGAAUGGAUGAAGCGCGAAAAAACAGAUUACGCUGCUCUGUCCUUCUGGAUGAGAAAUGAAGCUGCUCGACCGGGAACAUUAGGUGCUAAUGUUUUAGGAUUUCUCCUAAUGUAUCUUCGAGGAGAAGCUAUUGUAAAAAAGCGAAACAGUAUGUUAAUGAGACCAGCUGUUGAGUUGGACGGGAUAUCAAUGGAUAACGAUGAUAAACCAUUAAGAAUAACUGCAUGUGAUCUCGUAAUAUCGUUAGAGGGAAUUUUCCGUCCACUCAGUAACUACUAUGCUCUUUCCUUUGAGAUGAAAAAUGAAGUAUACAGAUCAGUAGAACAUUAUGCGUAUAUAAAGCUAUUCGAUGCUUUGAAGCUCAGUGACAAAUCACUUGAAAAGAUUAGAACUACCGUAAAUCCUGUAGAUGUACCCGUAGUAGCCGAACGAGUAUUCAGAAAAUUAAACCUAACUCCAGAACAAAUUGAAAGUAAGAGGAGCAAGAUGGAUCGUUGGCGUCAAUCUGCCAUGAAACAUAAGAUUACUCAGUACGAUUAUCUGCGCCAACUCCUUCUCAGUACUGGAGAUGCCAUCAUAGUCGAUUGCACAUAUGGUGAGCCUAUGUGGACAUGUGCUGCACCUGAGGACAGAAUUCAAAAAUUGUUGACAAAGUCCAAAGUGAAUCCCUCAAAGCUAGUCGAUUGGAUGAGAAAUAAAAGUAAUAAGGAUGCGAAAGCUGUCUACUUCAUGUCAGGAAACAAAACGGGUCUCUUACUCAUGGAGUUACGAGGGAAAUUAGCUAGUAAUACUAUAGAAAGAAUUCCUCUGGCUACUCCUAUGCCUGCCAAUUUUGCCCCUAUGAUCACUCAACAUCUUGUUUGUUUCACUCCUGAAUCUGUUUGGUCUCCAUUAUAUCCUGCCGAAAUUAAACCUGGCCCUGACCAGCCACCUUUGCCUUCUCCUGCUCAUUACGUUGCCAUGACUGCUGCCAAGUAUCUUGGGUUCAAUCAAUCUGAUACAGACUAUGUAAUGGAAACGAAUUCAUCCCUUGAAUGUUGGCAACGAUUACAUGAAACAAUAGAAUUCCGUGAUAGAGACAUGGAACGAGUUCAGAGUUGGUUCAUGGAACGACGUCAGAAAGCUAUUAAAGAAGCUCUGCAACUCCUGUUAGAACAACAUGCAGCUUUACUUCGAGCUCUACUAGAUACUGGUGAUGCUUUACUUGUUUAUUGUUGUCGGUUCUCAUCCGCUGAGGCCGAGUUAUCUAUUGGAAUGCGGGAAACUGAUCUCAGAGUCUGGAUGCAUGAAUUGGAUAUUUCCACAUCAAUGCUUUUGGACAUAUCAUCUCGGCCUAUGGCAUUCCGUCCCCCUUAUUUGGGAGGUAACAAACUGGGUAUGAUACUUAUGCAAUUGCGGAGAGAUUUUUGCCUGCGAGGAGUCUAUCCUCAAACUCUUCCUGAAUUGCCCAUAUCUGUUGACGUAGUAUUAGGUACAGAUUCUCCUUUAGAAAAUAUGAUAGUUUCUGUCCCCUUUGACAUGUUAGAUCAUGAAAAUUACAAGGCUUGUUUCAUCAAUCCUCUCUACCUCUUGGCGAAACAUAAAGGUGAUCCUGACCUUAUGAACGCAGCUAAAUUGGAUAAGCUCCCUCCCCGUUUCGUAACCAUCGAUGAUGCUAAGAUAGAAGAAAUCAUGGAGAAACUUGACAAUUGCGCUGUAAAUACGCCUAUCGCAAACAUUGAAGGAAAACCAAAAAUCCACAAAAUACUGAAAGCUAAAGAAGUUCUUAUGAGUGUGGAACCGGAAGAUCUAAGAGCUGUAUUUAUUCGUCUCUGUGCUCGUUUGAGGACAAAAGUAAUGUUGGUAGAACAACAACACCGAACUAUGAAUCGAAUCUCGAAUGAGGUUAUUCGUCUGCAAGCCAUGAGAAGAGGUUUGGAAGAUACAAAAGAUAAGUCCAGGGAGAGGGCCACUGGCGGCCGGGAAAGAGAUUUCCACUCCUUCCAUAGAAAUGAAAGGGAUCGUGAACGUGAUAGAGAAAAUAGGAACGAGAUGCAUAGGGAUCGUGAUCGAAACCGGCAGAAUAGAGAGAUUGAGCAACGGGAACCACCUAGGGAGAAUGUUGUUCGAAGGCCUAUUGAUAGAGGAGAAUUCAAGGUUCCUAACAGGAAACCUAGAUCUGAAAUCAGUAAACUGCCGAGAAGAGAUCAAGAAAAACGCCAGAGAUCACCUUCAGUCAAAGACGUUGAUCGAGAAAAGAAGGAGGCUAUUCCACCUGCUAAAAGAGAUAAGCCGACACCCUUACGCUCUUCUGCUGCAUCGAAUGCCAAAGAAAUACCUAUCAUAUCAGAAAAGUCUUCUGACGAAAACUUUGAAAAAGCUGUUCCUCUUGCGUCUGACGCAGUAGCUGUUCAAGUUCCUCCUAAAGCUCCCAAGGCGCCAAGACCAGCUGAUGAAGAGUUAUCCGACGGAGAAAUUUUAUCAAGUGAUGAGGAUUAA